GCUGUCAGCACUUCACUUCAAGUCCCGAUAUAUUCCUUACUCUCCACUUUCUUACUUUACACGCAACAAUUACCAAAAUCGUUAACGCAUCCUUUCAGCCUUUUAGAGCAAUCAGAAAACUUCCCUCCUUCCGGAUUCAGAUUCUCCAAUGGCGCCAACACUUUUCACUCUUCAAUUCCGUUACGCUUUUCUUCUUCUUCUUCUCAAUCUCCUUGCAGGUUCCGCUCUCUGCCACAUUCCAUCCACCCUCGAAGGUCCCUUCGAUCCCGUCACCGUUCCAUUCGACGCCGCCUUGCGCGGCGUGGCAGUCGACUUGCCGGCCACCGAUCCCCGCGUUCGCCGCCGUGCCGAGGGUUUCGAACCCGAACAGAUUUCAGUGUCUCUCUCUACCACGCAUGACUCCGUUUGGAUCUCCUGGAUUACAGGGGAGUUUCAAAUUGGUUUCGACAUCAAGCCUCUAGACCCUGAAACUGUCUCAAGUGUUGUUCAAUAUGGAACUUCAAGAUUUGGAUUAGUGCAUGAAGUUAGUGGUCAAUCUCUCAUCUACAACCAGCUCUAUCCUUUCGAAGGCCUUGAGAAUUACACUUCAGGAAUCAUCCACCAUGUUCGACUCACAGGAUUGGAACCAAGCACACUAUACUAUUAUCAAUGUGGAGAUCCCUCAUUACAAGCCAUGAGUGAUAUAUACUAUUUCAGGACCAUGCCCAUUUCUGGUCCAAAGAGCUACCCAGGCAAAGUAGCUGUAGUAGGAGAUCUUGGUCUCACUUAUAAUACAACUACUACCAUCGAUCACCUCACUAGUAAUGAACCUGAUCUUCUUCUGUUGAUCGGUGAUGUAACCUACGCGAAUUUGUACCUCACAAAUGGUACUGGCUCUGACUGUUAUAGUUGCUCAUUUCCACAAACACCUAUCCAUGAAACCUACCAGCCUCGAUGGGAUUAUUGGGGAAGGUUUAUGGAGAAUUUAGUUUCUAAAGUUCCAAUAAUGGUGGUAGAAGGAAAUCAUGAAAUAGAAAUGCAGGUUGAAAACAGGGCAUUUGUGGCCUACAGUUCUAGGUUUGCUUUCCCCUCUGAAGAAAGUGGAUCUUCAUCUACAUUCUAUUAUUCUUUCAAUGCUGGGGGAAUUCAUUUUAUCAUGCUUGGGGCUUAUAUUAAUUACGAUAAAACAGCUGAACAAUACAAUUGGCUGGAGAGAGAUCUGGCCAGUGUUGACAGAUCAAUAACUCCCUGGCUUGUGGCUACUUGGCAUCCACCAUGGUAUAGUUCUUAUGAAGCCCAUUACAGAGAAGCAGAGUGCAUGAGGGUGGAGAUGGAAGACCUGUUAUACUCGUACGGUGUGGAUAUAGUAUUCAAUGGACACGUUCAUGCUUAUGAGAGGUCAAAUCGGGUUUAUAAUUACAACUUAGAUCCAUGUGGUCCUGUAUAUAUUACAGUUGGUGAUGGGGGUAACAGAGAGAAGAUGGCAAUCAACUUCGCAGAUGAGCCUGGUCAUUGUCCUGAUCCAUUAAGUACUCCCGAUCCUUAUAUGGGUGGCUUUUGUGCAACAAAUUUUACAUUUGGCCCAAAAAUGAGCAAGUUUUGUUGGGAUCACCAGCCAGAAUACAGUGCUUUUAGAGAAAGUAGCUUCGGCCAUGGGAUUCUAGAGGUAAAAAAUGAAACAUGGGCUUUGUGGACUUGGUAUCGUAAUCAGGACUCCUACAAGGAAGUUGGGGAUCAAAUUUACAUAGUGAGACAACCUGAUAUAUGUCCUACUCCUAUUCCUUUCCAUCAAGGGGUGAACAGAGAUUGCAUUGCUUCAAUAUAGAAGACAAGAGGAGUUCCUUUGCAGUCAUUGAUGAAAUUCUCACAAUUGCUGAAUAUAAACCUCCAUGGAAACCACAGUGCUAAAUGUCAUUACUGGGUUCAGUAGCCAAUGCCAUACAACUUAUCUUUUAUUAAGAUGUUGAUGCCACUUACUGCUGGUGCCCAAUAUUAUAGCAAGUUAACCUUGUUAAUUACCGGGCAACAUACAGAAUGCGAAACGAAAAUAGUGUAAAUACUCAGCAUUUUGCUAUAUAGAUCUAAAUGAAAAUGAAAAAUGCACAGUUCUUUGA